AUGGGGGCUCAGUUCUUGCCACCGACCUGGCAGCUCUAUCUCAAGGACCACCGCGUCUCCAUGUUCAAGAACUGGCCCUUCCUGGAGGGCUGCGCCUGCACCCCGGAGCGGAUGGCCGAGGCCGGCUUCAUCCAUUGCCCCACUGACAACGAGCCCGACUUGGCCAAGUGUUUCUUCUGCUUCAAGGAGCUGGAAGGCUGGGAGCCAAGUGACAACCCCUUAGAGGAACAUAAAAAGCAUUCGUCUGGGUGUGCAUUCCUUUCUGUCAAGAAGAAGCUUGAAGAAUUAACCCUUGGUGAAUUUUUGAAACUGGACAAAGAAAGAGCCAAGAACAAAAUUGCAAAGGAAACCAACAGCAAGCAGAAAGAAUUUGAAGAAAAUGCUAGGAAAGUCCGGCAAGCUAUGGAGCAGCUGGCUGCCUUAGAGUGAACC